AUGCCGGGCCCUGGUGAGGCUAUCUCCGUCGUCGCAAUCUGUAGUAUUCGACUCGGAAUUCAGAAUCCGCAGCAGGACUUAGCUGAUAACUUAAUGAGUGCCUCCGAAAAUCCACUUAUCAGGGGUUUUCUUUUGCAACGCCGAAUCCGAAAAUCCACAUUAGAAGCCGCCAAACCAGCUGAAUCAAAGGUUUAUGUCUAUCAACACAUACAAACGAGAUUUCACGGUAAAGUGCGACAGCGCCAUACGGUGGAGUUACGCAAAGACAAGGGAAAGUAUGUUGUACAACCUUCUCCGUUGUAUCUCCGCCACCGUGCCAUGGAUGAGAAUUUCAAUUCCCUUGCUGAGGAGCAGAAGGAGGGUGGCGUUGUGUAUAACGCGAAAGUACUCAAGGAAGGAACACAAUCUGCGAUUGACAUGGAUGAUAACAGCGUUUCGGCACCUUCAGAGGGUGCGAGCUCACUGGAACCUUUGACACCCCCUGCUGCAGCUUCUGAGCGUAAGAAAUCGCCUGAGAAUGAAAAUCAAGCAUAUCCUGGUUACCUCUGGAGUGGAGAGCUGCCACCUCGGAACUAUAGCAAUCCUACAUUCUCGAGUAAAAUAUUUGUAGGCGGAGUGCCUUGGGACAUCACAGAAACAGCGUUGAUUGAUGCUUUUUCUCCAUAUGGUAAUUGCCGAGUUGAAUGGCCAUGCAAGGAGGUGCGUUCUUCACGUUCGAAUAAAACACGGGGCAAGAUCACCGGAUAUGUGUACAUGGUAUUUGAAACAGAAAGGUCUGUGCGUUUGCUGCUGCAGGAUUGUUCGCAAGAGUUUGGUUCUGCUGGAGAGUGGUACUUCAAGUUGAAAGCGCGCCGUAAUCAGAGUAGCGAGAUUCGUCAGGUGCAAGUAAUCCCAUGGGUGGUAUCUGACUCGUGUUACAAUGAUGAUCCGAGCUAUCCCCUUGAUCCCAAAAAGACGGUUUUCGUUGGCGCAUUACAUGGUAUGCUCACGGCGCAUGUGUUGUUCUCCAUAAUGAACGAAUUAUAUGGAAACGUCGUAUUUGUCGGGAUUGAUACCGACAAGUACAAAUAUCCGAUUGGUAGCGGCAGGGUUACCUUCCGUUCACAUGCAUCUUACUUUCGAGCUAUAGAAUCUGCAUUUCUUGAGAUUAGAACCAGCAAAUUUAGUAAAAGAGUACAAAUUGAUCCAUUCCUUGAAGAUUCGUGGUGUAUGGUGUGCGGCGAAGCGCAAGGUGUGCCUUGUCUCAGAUCUGACUCAGAGUUCUCAUGUGUCUAUGAUACGCUCAACAAGGAAAUGAACGAUAUUUCGGGAAAACCGUAUUUUCCCUCAUCUGACGUUGGUUAG